AUGGAGGGCGACAAACGAACACCGGCAGAUACAGACGUCCCUGGUGGAUUUCCAGAAACACCAUCCUCUUUUUCGGUUCACCGAAGAACACCUAGUCGCGAAUUUCCUCUCUCGACCAAUCAUGAAAGCUCUACGUCAAUUACGAGAUCAGUAAAUGUCAUUGGGGGAACAUCUUCAUCAACUAAGCUUAAUACCACAAGUAAUGUUUAUUCCGAUAUCAGUGCGAAUGCGUCUGCCAUUGAGGACAUUAGACCGAGCGAAGCUAGUCCCUCCUCUUCUAAUGCGGCAACACAUACGCAGCCAACUCCAGGCGAUAUAUCAUCAGAUGAAUCCGAGCAGACGGAAGUUGAGCCUCGUUUCGAGCCAAUCAAGACAGCCGCUGAGCGCCCGACCAUACAGCGCAAUCAAAGCUCGGCCAAGAACGAAGAUGAAUUAUUCCGAGCCCUCUCAAGGCGUCGAAGUAUGGCUUCUGGCGGCGCCGAUCGAGAAGAGAAUGAUGAAAUAGAAAGGCUCAUGUCUCGCAUGUUCGGCCAAGCUCGUCAGCAGCACAGCGAAGAGGAGAAGACGAGACAUGCAGGUGUGAUAUUUCGCAACUUGACGGUUAUGGGCGCUGGUCUUGGCGCGAGUUUGCAACCUACAGUUGGCGACGUAUUCAUGGGCCUACCAAGGUUCCUGAAGAACUUGAUAACCAAAGGACCUAAAGCAGCCACGGGAAAACCACCGGUACGAGAACUCCUCAGCAACUUUAAUGGUUGCGUGCGACCGGGAGAAAUGCUACUUGUUCUUGGUAGACCUGGAUCUGGUUGUUCGACGUUCUUGAAGACCUUCUGUAAUCAACGUGCGGGUUAUGUGGAUGUCUUAGGGGAUGUAACAUACGGCGGGACGGAUGCGAAGCGCAUGGCGAAAGAUUACAGGGGCGAGAUUAUUUACAAUCCAGAAGAUGACUUACAUUAUGCCACAUUGUCUGUCAAGAAUACCCUCACCUUCGCUCUUCGAACUCGAACCCCUGGAAAGGAGUCGCGAAUGGAAGGAGAAAGCCGAGAGGACUACGUAAGGGAAUUUCUCAGAGUGGCCACAAAAUUGCUCUGGAUUGAGCACACCAUGGACACCAAAGUCGGAAACGAAUACAUUAGGGGAGUUUCCGGCGGAGAGCGCAAGCGUGUCAGUAUUGCCGAGGCCCUUAUCACUCGGGCCAGUGUUCAAGGGUGGGACAACUCAAGUAAGGGGUUGGAUGCAUCCACUGCCGUGGAGUAUGUCCAAUCACUGCGAGCCCUCACGAACAUGGCUCAGGUCUCCACCGCCGUUUCGCUAUACCAAGCUGGAGAGUCUCUGUACAGUCUUGUCGACAAGGUGUUAUUGAUCGACAAUGGCCAAUGUCUUUACUACGGUCCAUCCGACCGUGCUAAACAAUAUUUCCUAGACCUUGGUUUUGACUGCCCGGAACGGUGGACGACUGCCGACUUUCUCACGUCUGUCACUGAUCCCCACGAACGGAGUGUCAGAUCCGGUUGGGAAGAUCGGAUUCCCCGAUCGGCGCAGGAUUUCGCUGAGGUUUACCGGAAAAGCGAGGCCUACCAGCACAACAUAAAGGAUAUCGAAGAUUACGAAGCCCACCUGGACGAGCAGAAACGCAUUCGAGCUGAGAACACAUCGGAAAAGACUAAGAAGAAGAACUAUAGCAUACCGUUCUACCAACAAGUGAUCGCUCUUACUCAACGUCAAGCUCUAGUCAUGCUGGGCGACAAGGCAUCUCUUUUCGGUAAAUGGGGCGGAAUUGUAUUCCAGGCCUUAAUCGUCGGAAGUCUGUUCUACAACCUCCCGGAUACAGCUGCGGGCGCCUUCACACGUGGUGGUGUUCUAUUCUUCAUCCUGAUGUUCAAUGCGCUGUUGGCUCUUGCAGAACAGACAGCUGCAUUCGAGGCCAAACCAAUUUUGCUCAAGCACAAGAACUUCUCCUUCUACCGACCUGCUGCCUUUACGUUAGCUCAGACCGUUGUAGAUGUACCAUUAGUUCUCAUCCAAGUGCUGCUGUUCGAUCUUAUUAUCUACUGGAUGGCGGGACUCUCUGCCACUCCAUCUCAGUUCUUCAUCUCGAUCUUGAUUCUUUGGCUGGUCACAAUGACGACUUAUGCUUUCUUUCGCGCGAUCUCGGCUCUCUUCAAGACCUUGGACGAUGCUACAAAAGUUACGGGAGUUGCUAUCCAGAUCAUCAUUGUGUACACUGGCUAUUUAAUUCCCCCAGCCUCAAUGCACCCCUGGUUUAGUUGGCUGAGGUGGAUCAAUUGGCUUCAAUACGGAUUCGAGAGUCUUAUGUCGAACGAAUUCUACAGGCUUCAACUCGAAUGCGUGUCUCCCUAUCUCGUCCCACAGGGUCCAAACUUCUCCACAGAAUACCAAUCAUGCACACUAGCAGGCUCAACCCCCGGUUCGACGACUGUGUUUGGCUCUGACUAUAUUGAGGCAUCCUUCCAAUACUCACGCGGUCACCUCUGGAGAAACUUUGGUUUCUUAUGGGCUUUCUUCCUUUUCUUCCUUUGCAUAGCAAUGUUUGGCAUGGAGAUAAUGAAGCCCAACGCAGGAGGAGCUGCCGUGACAGUAUUCAAGCGUGGACAAGUACCCAAAACACUCCAGAAAACCAUUGAAACUGGUGGCCGCCACGACAGUGGUAGUGACGAAGAGUCUGGACGAAGCGGAGAGAAAAUUAGUCCCGCCGAAGAAGCUGCCGAAGCGCAAGAAAUGCGAGACGAGGAAGCCAUGCAGAGUGUCGCGAAGAACGAAACGGUAUUCACAUUCCAAAACGUCAAUUACACAAUACCGUACCAAGGUGGAGAGAGAAAGCUUUUACAGAACGUGCAAGGCUUUGUGAGACCGGGCAAAUUGACGGCUCUCAUGGGAGCUUCUGGAGCCGGAAAGACAACUUUGCUCAAUACUUUGGCCCAGAGAAUCAACUUCGGUGUCGUAACCGGUGACUUCCUUAUCGACGGAAGACCCCUUCCCAAGUCAUUCCAAAGAGCCACCGGGUUCGCCGAACAGCUCGACAUCCACGAACCUACGGCGACCGUACGUGAGGCCCUACAAUUUUCCGCGCUCCUCCGCCAACCGAAAGAGGUUCCGACGAAAGAGAAGUAUGCCUACUGCGAGACGAUUAUCGACCUACUUGAGAUGCAGGACAUUGCCGGCGCGACAAUAGGAAUAGUUGGUGAAGGUCUCAAUGCAGAACAACGAAAGAGGCUUACCAUCGGUGUUGAGCUUGCAUCUAAGCCCGAACUACUGAUGUUCUUGGAUGAACCUACUUCUGGUUUAGACUCAGGGGCGGCUUUCAAUAUCGUCAGAUUUCUGCGAAAGUUGGCUGACGCUGGUCAAGCCAUCCUUUGCACCAUACAUCAACCGUCUGCUGUGCUUUUCGAGAUUUUUGACGAGUUGAUACUACUCAAGUCUGGGGGCAGUGUUGUUUAUGCUGGCGAGCUUGGAAAAGACAGCCAAACCAUGAUUAAAUACUUUGAAUCGAAUAACGGCCCGAAAUGUCCUCCAGAUGCCAACCCUGCUGAAUGGAUGCUAGAGGCGAUCGGGGCGGGAAACCCAGACUACCAUGGUCAAGAUUGGGGCGAUGUCUGGUUACAGUCCAAAAAUUUCCAAGAACAAUCCAAAGAAAUGGAGCAAAUGAUUGAGAAACGAAAGAAUGUUGAACACUCAAAGAACGUCCAGGAUGAUCGCGAAUAUGCCAUGCCAAUAUGGACUCAGACGGCGGCGGUCGUGAAGCGAUCUUUCGUCGCUUACUGGCGAACACCCAAUUACAUAAUGGGUAAAUUGAUCCUGCACAUAUUUACUGGUCUUUUCAAUACCUUCACGUUCUGGCGCUUGGGGAACGGAAGUGUUGAUAUGCAAUCCCGAUUGUUCUCCGUUUUCAUGAACCUCACCAUCGCGCCUCCAUUGAUUCAGCAACUCCAACCCGUCUUCCUCAACUCGCGAAAUAUUUUCCAAUCUCGAGAAAAUAAUGCCAAGAUCUAUUCUUGGUUUGCGUGGACCACAGGGGCCGUGCUAGCGGAAGUUCCUUAUGCUCUUGUCGCUGGAGCUAUUUACUACAAUUGCUGGUGGUGGGGAAUUGCCGGCUAUCAGAUGAAAGGCUUCCCGUCGGGCUUCAUCUUCUUGCUAAUGAUGGUGUUCGAACUGUACUACGUCGGUUUCGGUCAGGCAAUUGCGGCUUUCAGUCCCAACCAAUUGCUGGCGAGUUUAUUCGUCCCAUUGUUCUUCCUCUUCGUCGUCUCAUUCUGUGGUGUCGUUGUACCGGCUGCGCAACUACCAUAUUUCUGGCGGUCGUGGAUGUAUUGGCUCACACCUUUCCAUUACCUCCUAGAGGCUUUCUUAGCGACUAUUAUUCAUGACCAACCCGUCCAGUGUAAAGAGAGCGAAAUGGCACGCUUUUCUGCCCCGCCGGAUCAGACUUGUGAGUCGUAUGCGGAAGCCUACAUUGGACAGGCUGGUGGAUAUGUACAAACUGGCGCGGACGGCCUGUGCGAAUUUUGCCAGUAUGCUACCGGUGACCAGUUUGGGAACCAAUUCAGUGUCUACUACAACCACAUCUGGCGUAACUUUGGCAUUAUAUGCGCUUUCAUCGCGUUCAAUUAUGCGGUCGUCUACUUCUGCACAUACUUGCGGUUCAGAGGCAAAAAUCCCAUUCGUGGGUUACUGAUGAAGGCGAAGCAAAAGAAAUAG